CGCCAGGCCACAGUUUUAAAAAAUGUACACAACAUUUUUAGUGGGCAAUCUGUUUGUUUCUUCCAUUUUUUUACGUUUAAUUGUGCUGCAUCCCGUAGAUUUUUACCGUAAUUUAUCUCCUCAAAUUGAUUUUUGUACAAUUUGGUUUAGUUGGUUGUGAAAUCAAUUAAUUUGUGCGUUUAUUAUCAGUAUGUCUCGAUACAAUCAAUCAAAUCACGGCAGCUAUGCUCAGACCUAUAAACUGGUUGUAGUGGGUGGAGGAGGAGUUGGAAAAUCAGCAAUUACUAUACAGUUUAUACAGAGUUAUUUUGUCCAUGAUUAUGAUCCAACUAUUGAAGACUCAUACAACAAACAAUGUGUUAUCGACGAUAUUCCUGCCAAACUUGAUAUUCUGGAUACUGCUGGUCAGGAAGAAUUCAGCGCAAUGCGAGAACAGUACAUGAGAUCUGGCGAAGGGUUCCUGUUAGUAUUCGCCGUGACUGAUCAUGCGAGUUUUGAUGAAAUUUACAAAUUUCAUAAACAAAUUCUGCGCGUGAAAGACCGUGAUGAAUUUCCGAUGUUAAUGGUAGGAAAUAAAUCCGACUUGGAUCACCAGAGAGUUGUUUCUUUAGAAGAAGCCCAGCAGCUGAGCAGGCAACUGAAGAUUCCAUACAUCGAAUGUAGUGCUAAGUUAAGAAUCAAUGUGGAUCAGGCGUUCCACGAAUUGGUUCGUGUAGUAAGAAAGUUUCAACUAUCGGAAAGACCGCUAAUCGACGAGAAGAAAAAACGAAAGGGUGGGAAGAAAAAGUGUUGUAUACUCUAAUGCAGGGAAAUUGCAUUUGAACAACAAUUUGCUUUCUAAUAACUAGGCACAGACAGCACUAACCCAUUCCCUGCAGAAAAUCAUAAAAUUCCCCCAACAACGUGAAUGCCCAUUGCAUAUCAAAUAAAAGCAAAACUGACACAAACUAGGUUUUAGACAGACAGAAAAAAGAACAAUCAAAAUUGAGAAGCUAUGAACAAGUAUAAAGUCAACAUGGCCAAACUCGAAAUGUGGUAACAUCAGAAAACGCCCGGCGGGAAUGGGUAGAUCGAUAUUGCUAAAACCAAACAAAACGCACAGUACGUUAAACACGUGGGAGAGCGCCAAUUAAAAUAAAUCUGAAACGAGUUUGAAAAACCAUAUGUAGAAGUAAAAACUGCCGUACUAAUAUGUUAUAAAGGAACAUAGGAAUGAAUAUGGACAAUACAAACUGUGGCACGAGUUUCAAUUUGAACGAUAAAACAGUUACUCAAACUUUAUAUUUUCAACACGUCGAUAUCUAUUAACUGUGCCAUAUGUUUGUAAUUUAUGGAUUUUAACGUAGUUGGAGUAGUAUACAAAUGUGCCUAAUCGAUAUUUAAUAUUUCAUAAAUAAUCAAACUAGUUCAGGAAUAACACCCCAGUCUAACGGAUGGCAGAAAAAGCAUUUCCAACGGUGUUCUUAUAACGGAAACUAUUAUUUAUAAAUAUUUUUAUCAAAUUAACUGUCAACUAUUUUGUUCUCAUUAAAUGCAAGAACUACGGAUAUCAUAGUGGUAUGACAGAAUAAAAUAUACAAUGUUAUAAAGAUUAAUCGAAAAAAUAUAUUUACUAUACUAAUUAUAUACAAAACUAUAUCAAUGUAAUAUCAAAACAAAUGAAUGUUACAUUGUGUUUUAUAGCAUAAGCUCGAAAAAUAAUCAAAUAGCUUAUUAAGUUGUUAACGAUAUCGUUUCAAGAUUAAUGCAAUGUAACGCCAUCAUUAACCAAAACAGCUAGCUUUAGAUGUGCUUUUAAUCCGCAACAGAUACAACAGGUUGUCAACAGAUAGUGAAGUGAACGUUUGAUUGUUUUCAAUUCUAUUGGCAAAAUAAGAUGAUAGUUUUGAGAACGGUGCUAAACUAAUCACGACUCAAUUUAAAUCACAAGUAAGCAGGCGAUUACAAUAACAUUGACAACCGUUGUAUCGAAACAUUUAUGAAAAUAUAUGUUUAAACGUUGAUC